UAAACCAGUGACUGAAAAUAUUUUUUCUUAGGUACUACCUGAAGACCACACCAAAUAAGGAGUGAAUGUGAGAUGGCCUGAUAGCCCUGAAGAGAGUAAAUGAGUACUAGACCUCAUGAUGUCUCCUUGGAAGCCCCAUAUUCUAUGAGCCACUUUGAGGCAUGGCAAGAUCGAAAUCCAGUGGAUCACACUACGCUCUAGGAAUUAUGGGUUUGGGAAUGAUCUGUCUUGGAGUUGUAAUGAUGGUCUGGAAUAAUGUUACUGGGGCAAUCAAGUCUACAAAGCCAACCCCGCCCACAAACAACAGCAGUGUAACGGAGAGUGGGGCUAAAGACAAAAGUAAGAUGUCAUCAGUAGCCUAUGUUCUGGUUGGGGCAGGUGUAGCUUUUAUGCUGUUGGCACUCUAUAUGAGUUUUUACAACAGAAGAAAGCGUAGAAGAAGGUCUGUAGAGUCUACAGAGGAUCUAAAUCAUGGCCCGUCAACAGCGCGGUCGCAGGAAGAAAGUCCUGAGGUUAUUAACCGACGACAUGAGGUGCCCACCUAUGAGGAAGUCAUGGGCAAUGAUCAUCCUGAAGGAGACGGACAAGGCAUAGAGAGAGACGGUAGAAUGAGUAUGUCCCUCCCUUCAUACGAGUCUUUGGUGGAUGUGGGUGUUGGGGAGGAACCAUCAUCUGCUGCAGGCCAACCAGCUCCAUCAAAUCCGGAAGAACAGCCAAUGAGGCAGAACUCUAAAGCAGGAAGAAUGUUUAAGUCUCUAAAGGUUCGCAGAAUCAAAUCUGAUAAACUGCAUUUAAAAGAUUUUAGGAUUAAGAUGACUGAGAAAACUGACCAAAGCCGGGUAGUCAUUGAACCACUAACACCUCCGCCACAGUAUGAUGAUGUAGCAAAGAAUCCAUUUGAAGAUGUCCAACGUGCUUAAGACAACUUGCACAUUUUCUCCCUGUAACUGAAACAAAGUCAGAUGCAGAAAAAAAUGUUUUUGUAUUUAAAGGAUAGACCUGCACAAAGUAGGCAUUUAUGUAAAAUAAUUUAUUCAGGUACUCCAGUUUUCUAAAUUUGAAAUAUUUGAACAAAUAAAAUGGAUAACUUUGUACGGA